AUGUUGUCAUCAAUCCAAUUCGUCAAACUUCCCUUCCUUUUACACAUCGCCAUCGAGACUGCCGCCGCCUGCUCCUUCAUCUUCAAGCCCGGCAGUCAGCUGAGCAACCCUCCGGCCGCCGCGCAGCUGGUGCUGCAACAAUUUGCUGGGUUACUGCUGAGCACGAAUUUGAUAUGCCUCAUCUUCAUAUCGCGGCCGUUCGACAAGACGAGUAGGCAAGUCGCGGCGGCGCUGGCAUUCUGGCAUGUUUGGCCGUGUUGCCGCGCCUAUGUGCGGCUGAAAAGGCCCGAGGUGGAUGGUCUCGGCAAGGAGAAGGGGGAGGCGACGCUGAAGACGCUCGGGGGUCCGGCUGUUCAUCUCUCGGUACAUGUUGGCAUGUUCUUGUUGUUUGUAAGGACUGCUAUGAUGUGA